AUGAGCUCCCUUCGGCGGAGAAUCCAAACACUCCGGGAGGUGUCUGUCAGGGACACCAUGGUCUAUCUGCUUCAGUCCUCCACCCGGAAGAUGGUCGUGGAGGCCUCCUUCACGCCGGCGCCUCCCUCACCGCGGGCGUCGAUCGCCCUCGAAGAGCUGAAGGCAUCCCUGUCCACCGGCCUGCACAAGCCGACCGGCAAUUUGUCGGCACCACACAUGAAGGAAUCCGCCUCGCCGAUGCCCUCGGACAAGCGCUACUUUUCGGAAACCGCCCUGUCUGGCCCCUCGCCGCCGGGGUCCAUCGUGUCAUCGAGCCAGGAGCCCCUCCCUGGGGACAUUGCCCCGGCCAAUGACGCGGCCAGCUCGCUGGCUCCGACCAAAACCUCGGGCAAGCUCAAGGCCGAGCUGAAUAUCUUCGACUUGGUUGGCAUCGGUGUCGGGUCGAUGAUCGGUGCUGGGAUUUUCGUUCUCACCGGCGUGGCGGCCAAGAAUGCCGCAGGGCCGUCGAUCACCAUCAGUUUCCUGGUGGCGGGUAUAGCUUGCCUGCUGAGCGGCUUCUGCUAUGCGGAAUUCUCCGCCAUCUAUCCCUUCGCCGGAAGCGCCUACAUGUACACCUACUGCAGCCUCGGCGAGCUGCCAGCCCUUCUGGUGGGCUGGGUCCUGUUUCUGGAGUACAUUGUGGCCGCCUCGGCCGUGGCAAGGGGCUGGUCGCACCAUCUUGCGGCCUUCUUGGCCGCCUGCGGGGUCAGCAUCCCCACUUGGCUCUACUCGCUGCCCUAUAGCGCCGCCUGUGUGGAGGAUGGGUGUUCCACGUUUGAUGCUUUGGCACUGGGGUCGAUCAUCGUGGCCACGAUAAUCUGCUGCUUCGGCACGCAAACCAGUUCCAGGGUCAACAUGUUUAUCAAUGGCCUUUGCGUGGCCAUCAUUGUGCUGGUCAUUGUUGCCGGGGCGGUGUUCGUGGACACGAGCAACUACACGCCCUUCACGCCGUACGGUUUCAGUGGUAUCACCAAGGGCGCCGCCAUGAUCUUCUUUGCGUACAUCGGUUUCGACGCGGUCAGCGGCUUUGCCGAGGAAUCCCGGCGCCCGGAGCGCGAUGUGCCCCUCGCCAUCCUAAUUGUCAUCGGCAUCGGCGCCGCGCUCUACUGCGGGGUGUCGAUCGUCCUGACUGGCAUGCAAAGCUACCUGGAUCUGGACCUGCAUGCACCCCUGGCACGGGCUUUUGCCCACCACAACCAAACCGGCCUGGAGAUCACCGUGGCCUUCGGAGCCUUCGUGGCCAUGUCCACGACCAUCCUCUCGCAGAUCCUGACCAUGCCGCGGAUUUUCUAUGCGAUGGCCCGCGACGGGCUGCUGGCCCCGGCCAGCCUUGGCCGUGUCCAGUCGAAGUCCGGCGUCCCAUUGUACGGGACCCUGGUCAGCGGCGUGCUGGCCUCGAUCAUGGUGGUGUCCUUCGAUCUCGAGACCCUCGGCGACAUGGUGUCCAUGGGAACGCUCAUUGCCUUCAGUGUGGUCAACAUUGCCAUCAUCCUGGUUCGCUACGACGUGCCGGCCAAUGGUCGCCGGCCCCAAAUCACCGUGGCCUUGCUCACCUUCUGCCUUAUCCUGGUGUGCCUGGCCGUGUCGUAUGGCUGGCACGGUUCCAUUUUCGGCACCUUCGGCUCGGUUGCCAUCAUCCUGGUUGGCUAUUUGUGGUGGCUGCCCCAGGCAGCUCCUGCCGUGUCGAUGCGCACCGGGCGCCGGAUCUUCCAAACCCCCCUGGUGCCAUUCAUCCCGGCCGCGGCCCUCGGAGUGCACAUUUACCUGAUUGUCGAGCUCGGGCCGGAGUCCUGGAUGCGCAUGGGAAUCUGGGUGGCCAUUGGGGUGGCUUUCUGGGUGUUCUACGGGGCUUGGCACAGCAAGCUCCGCGUCCGUCCCCAAGGGACCGGCCAUCCGAAUAAGGCCUCGGACAUUUCGCUGGCCUCGGCCGUGGGUGCGGAUGGCGACGAGCGGCCCGGCCGAGCCAGCGCCUCCGCAGCUGAGGCCGCUGCCGCCAUCUCUUGCUCAUCGGCAUCCACAAGCACUCUCAGCCUGUCGGAGGACGCGGGAGAGGGGUCAUCCCCCGAGGCAGCGGUGGCCGAGGCGACAACGACAACGCCGGCAACAGCCGCGGCGGCUGCCACGGGGACCUAA